GCGGCGGCGGAGGCGGUGUGGUCAGAAGCAUGUCUCAGGAAGGCAGUUACGGGAGGUGGACCAUAUCCAGUAGUGAUGAAAGUGAGGAUGAGAAGCCCAAACUGGACAAGCCAUCAACAUCCUCUCUCUCCCAUGCUGGGCAGGGAACAGCCAGUGAGCCACGGUUCAACUGUUCCGAAGCUCGAAAAGCUGCUCACAGGAGGCAGAUAUCACCUGUGCAAUUCAGCAGUGCAGAUUUGGCUCCACCUCCCAAAAAGCAGAAAAGUGGUUCCCAAGAAGAGCUAGGCUGGUGUCUCUCCAGCAGUGAUGAUGAACUGCAACCAGAAACUCAGAAGAAUCAGGCGGAGAAUGUGGAGGUCAAAGAGGAAAAAGACCUCUCCUCUCCCAAAGAUGGUGCUGCCCAGAGAACUGGAAGCCAUGGCCUUCCUGCCAGCCACAGGCACAAAAGAGAGGAAGACGAGUAUGAGACCUCAGGGGAAGGCCAAGACAUUUGGGACAUGCUAGACAAAGGGAACCCCUUCCAGUUCUAUCUCACUAGAGUCUCAGGAAUUAAGCCCAAGUACAACUGCAAAGCCCUCCACAUCAAGGAUAUUUUGUCUCCUCUAUUUGGGACACUUGUUUCUUCAGCUCAGUUCAACUACUGUUUUGAUGUAGUCUGGCUCGUAAAGCAGUAUCCGCCAGAGUUCAGGAAGAAGCCGAUCCUGCUUGUGCAUGGUGAUAAACGGGAAGCCAAGGCUCACCUACAUGCCCAAGCAAAACCUUAUGAGAACGUUUCCCUCUGCCAGGCAAAGUUGGAUAUUGCAUUUGGAACACACCACACGAAGAUGAUGCUACUGCUGUACGAAGAAGGCCUCCGGGUUGUCAUACACACCUCCAACCUCAUCCAUGAAGACUGGCACCAGAAAACCCAAGGAAUAUGGUUGAGCCCCCUAUACCCACGAAUUGGCCAGCAAACCCACAGAUCUGGAGAAUCAACAACGCAUUUUAAAGCUGAUCUCAUCAGUUACUUGAAGGCUUACAAUGCCCCUCCUCUUCAAGAGUGGAUUGACACCAUCCAGGAGCACGAUCUCUCUGAAACAAAUGUUUACCUUAUUGGUUCAACCCCCGGACGCUUUCAAGGAAGUCAGAAGGAUAAUUGGGGACAUUUUAGGCUUAGGAAGCUUCUGAGAGAACACACCUCGUCAAUCCCAAAAGCCGAGUGCUGGCCUAUAGUGGGUCAGUUUUCCAGCAUUGGCUCACUGGGGGCUGAUGAAUCCAAAUGGCUGUGUUCUGAGUUUAAAGAGAGCUUGCUGGGCCCCUGGCAGGACAGUAAAAUUCCAGGAAAAAGCACCAUUCCUCUUCAUUUGAUCUAUCCUUCUGUGGAAAAUGUUCGGACCAGCUUAGAAGGAUACCCUGCUGGAGGUUCUCUUCCCUAUAGCAUCCAGACAGCUGAAAAACAGAAUUGGCUACAUUCCUACUUCCACACGUGGUCAGCCGACACAUCUGGCCGCAGCAAUGCCAUGCCUCAUAUUAAGACAUACAUGAGACCCUCUCCAGACUUCAGUAGAAUUGCUUGGUUCCUUGUCACAAGCGCCAACCUGUCCAAGGCCGCUUGGGGAGCACUGGAGAAGAACGGCACCCAGCUGAUGAUCCGCUCCUACGAGCUUGGGGUGCUCUUCCUCCCGUCAGCAUUUGGCCUGGACAGCUUCAAAGUGAAACAGAAAUUCUUCUCUGGCAGCCGGGAGGCAACAGACUUUUUUCCAGUGCCCUAUGAUCUGCCCCCAGAACCGUACGGAAGUAAAGAUCGGCCAUGGAUUUGGAACAUUCCUUAUAUCAAAGCACCAGAUACACACGGGAACAUGUGGGUGCCCUCCUGAGAAUCUUAAAGCACUGUGAAAUUGAGCAUAAGAUGUUGAGCCCCAAACCUUGGAUAUUCUUGUUCGUACUGGAUGUGCAUUUCCCUUAAAAUCUGACUUGCAUCCCUGCAAAACUCAUGAAGGUUGCUCUUGUGAACUUGGAUGUUGGUUAUACUUUUAAUGUUUAUUGUCAGCAUUCUCACUUUAAAAAAAAAGUGUUAUUUUCUUAUUUCACUUUUAUAUGUUUUGGAAAGAAAGCUAUUAAACUUCACAUGUUAAAAAUAUGUA